ACUGCGCUGUUCACCGGCAGUAAGGCAGUUUGUUUUUUAAUUUUCAGCCACUGACCCACACGCUGACAUCGCUGACCCGCUUGAAGCUGGUGUUUGUAGAGAAUAUUCUCAAAUCUAAAGAGUAUCAUCUGGAACAAAUAUGGCUCGUAAUGCAGAGAAAGCUAUGACUACACUUGCGCGCUGGCGGGCGUCUCAGCUAGAUGACUGGAAGAAGAAAACCCUGAGAAGACCAUACCUUGCAUCAGAGUGUACCAAUCUAAGGUGGUGUGAAAAAUGGAGGCGGCAAGUCAUCGGCGAGAUUGCCAAGAAAGUAACACAGAUACAAAAUGCUGGUUUGGGGGAGUUUCGCAUCAGAGACCUUAACGAUGAAAUCAACAAACUGUUACGAGAGAAGGGCCAUUGGGAAGCUCAAAUCAAAGAACUUGGCGGACCAGAUUAUGCAAGGACAGGGCCAAGAAUGUUAGAUCACGAAGGAAGAGAAGUACCUGGCAAUCGAGGCUACAAGUAUUUCGGUGCAGCCAAGGAACUUCCUGGAGUGAAAGAGUUGUUUGAGCAGGAGCCUCCGCCUCCAACCAAGAAAACAAGGGGAGAGCUUAUGAGGGAGAUUGAUGCGGACUAUUAUGGCUAUAGGGAUGAUGAUGAUGGAAUUUUAAUCCCAAGAGAGCAGGAAGUAGAACGGAAAGUGAUUGCGGCGGAAAUUGAGGAGUGGAAAAGUAGGAAAGAGGUCAAUUCUAAGAUUGAAGAAGAGGAGGACAUUUACUACGCUCAGCCAGAGGAUAAUUCCGAUGACGAAGCAACUUCAUACCCAACAGAAGGAACUGGAGAAUUGUCGAGGUUCAUUGCCCAUGUUCCUGUCCCAUCACAGCAAGAUAUUGAGGCUGCAAUCCUAAAGCGGAAAAAGCAAGAGCUGAUCGAAAAAUAUGCCAGUGAUGAGAUGAUGGCUUAGCGUGGAAACGCAUAUAUAAAUAAGAAUAAAUUUUGCAUUAAAUUUAUUUUUAGAA